CUGGUUUUUUUCAUCAAAUAUAUUGCUUCUUGAAUAAACAAAUUGCCAAAUUUUAUUUUAUUAUUUCGUAUCGAUUUUCUUCGAUCCUGGAUCCCCAUAUCCUGAUCAUCAUCAUUCAUUCGUAUUCAAUAAUGAUGCUGAUAUGUGUGUGUGUGUGUGUGUAUGUGUAUGGUGGUCGAUUCAAAAUGGCAGAAGCAUCAUGAUGAUGAUGAUGAUCAGUACUGACAACGAUUUUUAUUCCAGUGUGUGGCUUGAAUUUAAAAAAAAACCUAUCAAUAGUGGACAUACUAAACCAGCAAUUCAUCGGGAAAUUUUUUUUUUUGAAUUAUUGAAUGAAAAUUAUGGAUCCAACAUAUUUAGCAAGUCUAAAUAAUACUUAUGAAUUGGAAUUAUUGAACAAUGAAUGGCAAAUGAUUUUGAUUGUUUGGUAUAGUUCAACAGCAAUUUUAUCAUUAAUUUCAAAUGUUUUAGCUAUAUUUAUAUUGAUAAAAUGUGAUCGUUUCAUGUCAGAGAUAUGGAAAUAUCUUGUUAAUCUUUCUAUUGCCGAUAUAUUGAUGGCCAUGUUUUCAAUACCAUUCACAUAUACAUCAUUCAUGCUUGGACAAUGGAUUUUUCCAUCAUGGCUAUGUCCAUUUAUUCAAUCCGUACAGCUUUGUUCUGUUUAUGUUUCCGUAUAUACAUUGGCCGUAAUUGGUUUUGAUCGUUAUUUUGCCAUCAUACAUCCAUUUAAUCAUCCAAUUAUUUAUUUGAAAACACAUCGUUUAAAUGUUAUUAUAACCAUUUGGAUAACGGGAAUUCUGUUUUCCAUCAUACAGUUAAUGCAAACACGUGCCGUACCAUUUCGUUAUGGUGAUGAAAUAUUAUUUGAUUGUAAAGAAUUAUGGAAUCAACAACAAGGACGUUAUUAUACAAUAUUUUUAUUUAUUCUUACAUUCGGUUUGCCAAUAUCGAUAUUGAUAUUUGUUUAUGCAUCAAUUGGUAUACAUUUAUGGUAUAGAAAAAUGCCUGGCAAUCCGGAAAUAAUACGUGAUUCUGUACAAUGGCAACAAAAAAUACGUGUUAUUAAAAUGUUAAUUAUGAUUGUCAUUAUUUUCGUCGUUUGUUGGCUACCUAUUCAUAUACAUAGUUUUAUUGUUUGGUUUCAUCCAAUUAGAUUUCAAACAUACAUUGGUUAUAUGUCAUAUGUUAUAUCAUUUUUUAUUUGCCAUUGGCUAGCAAUGGCACAUAGUUUUCUUAAUCCAUUUAUUUAUGGUUUUAUGAGUGAAAAUUUCAAGACAAACUUUCAUCGAUUAUUUUGUAUGAAUAUAAAGAAGAAUAAGAAAAAGAAGAAAAAGAAACAUUUAUUAUCAACAAACACGAUAGAAUGCCAAGUUGGCGCAGGUAACGGUAAUGGUGGUGGUGGUGGUAGUAAUGCUGUUCGUAUGUUGGGCGUUGUUAUUACUGAUGAUGAUAAUAAUGGUGCAUUAUGUGUGGAUGAUGAUAAUAUUCAUAUUGCUGAAUUAGAUAAUCUAAGUACAACAAAUAUGACGACAACAAAUAUGAUGAUUACAGAAUCGAUUAUUUCAUCUUCAUAUGACACAUGAUGGUGACCAU